AUGAAAAAUCAGUCUUCUGUGAAAGAGUUCAUUCUACUGGGAUUAACAGAUGACCCAGACAUCAACAUUUUGAUUUUUCUGUUUUUAUUUUUCACAUAUAUACUGAGUAUAACUGGAAACCUGACGAUUAUCAUUCUUACUCUGGUUGAUUCCCACCUCAAAAGUCCCAUGUAUUUCUUCCUUAGGAAUUUCUCCCUUCUGGAAAUCUCAUUCACAACAGUUUGUAUUCCUAGAUUUUUGGUCAGCAUUCUUACAGGAGACAAGACCAUUUCCUAUCAUGCUUGCCUGGCCCAGGUUUUUUUCUUCAUUCUCCUUGGUUCAACAGAAUUUUUUCUCCUGACUGUUAUGUCCUAUGACCGUUAUGUGGCUAUCUGUAAGCCAUUGCAUUAUACAACAAUCAUGAGCAGCAGACUCUGCAUCCGGCUUGUGGUUGGUUCUUGGGUUGUUGGGUUUCUUAUAAUCUUCCCACCUGUGAUCAUGGGGCUCCAACUGGAUUUCUGUGACUGCAACGUCAUUGAUCAUUUUGUCUGUGACUAUUCUCCUAUGCUGCUGAUCUCCUGCACGGACACAGCGUACCUACAGCUGAUGGGAUUUAUCAUUGCAAUUGCUCUUAUAUGUACGUUAUCACUGGUAAUUCUUUCCUAUGCGUUCAUUCUUAGAACAAUUCUGAAAAUUCCCUCUGCUGAACAGAGAAAAAAGGCUUUCUCCACCUGUUCUUCGCACAUGUUUGUUGUCUCCAUUUCUUACGGAAGCUGCAUUUUCAUGUAUGUAAAGACCUCAGCAGAAGAAGGACUUGCUUUCAGCAAAGGCGUAGCAGUGCUGAAUACUUCUGUGGCUCCAAUGUUAAAUCCCUUCAUUUACUCCCUAAGGAACCAACAGGUAAAACAGGCCUUUAAGACCUUACUGAAAAGGUGUUUCUCAAAUAAAUGUCAGCUAUAA